AUGCUCUUUUGGAGGGCAACAUCUCCGCUGAUUCGGCUACUAAUACUUCUCGGUAUUCUUGCUACGUGGCACACUAGCAGUGCUAUUAAGUGCUACUCUUGUGCCAAUGACUUUAUUGUUUGGCAAUGGCGGCAUUUCUUCUUAAAAAGAAACUAUGAUAUUUCGACCAGCGAUCCAGAAUGCACAAGCAGAGACUACAUCUCCGAUCUCUACCAAAAUUGUCACUCAACAUGUUUUGUAUUUUAUUUGAAUGGAACCAACAAAGAAACCGGUCAUACGACUGUACUUGGUGUUGGUCGCGGAUGCUCUGCAAGUUUUUUAACGGACGAUCAACAUCUUCACCUCGGUCUCGGAGCUCAUUCUAGACCGUCACAUGUUGGAGAGUAUCUCCCACACGACUUUGAUCAGUUCGACAUCACUGAACACUGGUGUUUUUGUGCCACAGAAAAAUGUAACUCGGAGGACUGCUUCUCAUCACCUUUUGGCUCUCGAGAAUACGCCUCAUCCUAUAUUGCCAAACGUCUCCAAUACUCGUCGUCGUACUCACAUAAUCCAUGGAAAUAUCGUAAUACGGGUUCUCGUGCCAUUUCAUCAUUUUUCAUGAUGUUAUUCUCAAUUGUAUUGUACAAAGUUUUGUGUCUGUAA